AUGGAGGAGGGCAGACCCCGGAGCAGCCUGAGCCUGGCCAGCAGUGUCUCCACCACCUCCUCCCUCAGCAGCCUGAGCCCCAAGAAGUCCACCCGGGCGGUUAGCAAGGUCCACGCCUUCGGCAAGAGGGCCAAUGCUCUUCGAAGGGACCCCAACCUCACCGUGCACAUCCGAGGCUGGCUUCACAAGCAGGACAGCGCUGGGCUCCGGCUCUGGAAACGCCGCUGGUUCGUCCUCUCUGGCCAUUGCCUCUUCUAUUACAAGGACAGCCGCGAGGAGAGCGUCCUGGGCAGCGUCCUGCUGCCUAGCUACAGUAUCAGGCCAGAUGGACCGGGAGCCCCCCGAGGGCGGCGCUUCACUUUCACCGCAGAGCACCCGGGCAUGAGGACCUACGUCCUGGCGGCUGACACCCUAGAGGACCUGCGAGGCUGGCUUCGGGCGCUGGGCCGCGCCUCCCGCGCGGAGGGUGAUGAUUGUGGACGGCCCAGGUCUCCCGCACGUCCCCAGCCUGGGGAGGGCCCUGGCGGCCCCGGUGGUCCCCCGGAAGUGAGCAGAGCAGAAGCGCGCCACAGUCCAGAAUCCCCGGAGGUAGCGCGUCUCUCUAGAGGGCGUGGCGGACCCAGGCUGCUGACUCCCAGCCCCACAGCCGACCUCCAGUCCGGACCCCGGAUUCGAAGGGCGAGGAGUCCGGACUUGUUCACACCCCUCUCUCCCCCUCCUUCUCCUCUGAGCCUCCCCCGGCCCCGUUCGGCUCCGGCGCGCAGACCCCCUCCCUCCUCAGGAGACAUAGUACCCCCAGCCCGUCCUCACACCCCCCUGAGUCGCAUCGAUGUCCGGCCACCCCUGGAAUGGGGUCCCCAGCGCCGGACCCUCUCCCGACCCCCCACUCCCCGCCGAGGACCCCCGUUUGAAGCUGGGGCAGGAAGGCCUCCGAGGAGUCCCCAGCACUGGAGUCAGGAGCCCAGAACGCAAGCCCCUUCUGGCUCUGCCACGUAUCUCCAGCUCCCUCCAAGGCCUCCUGGAAGCCGGGCCUCCAUGGUUUUAUUGCCGGGCCCCCCUCUGGACUCAACCUUCCAUCAGAGCUUAGAGACAGAUACUCUCUUGACCAAGUUGUGUGGGCAGGACCGGCUUCUGAGGAGACUGCAGGAAGAGAUAGACCAGAGGCAGGAGGAGAAGGAGCAGCUGGAAGCGGCUCUGGAACUGACCCGGAAGCAGUUGAGCCAAGCUACCAAGGAGCCUGGGGCCCCUGGGAAGGCCUGGGGACGCCAGCGCCUCCUGCAGGACCGCCUGGUCAGCGUGCGGGCCACUCUUUGUCACCUGACUCAGGAGAGGGAGCGGGUUUGGGAUGCGUACAGUGGCCUGGAGCAGGAGCUAAGCACCUUGCGGGAGACCCUGGAGUACCUGCUGCAUCUCGGCUCCCCCCAGGACCGAGCAUGCGCUCAGCAGCAGCUGUGGAUGGUGGAAGACACCCUGGCAGGUCUCGGGGGCGCCCAGAAGCCAGCCUCCCACACUGAGCCUGGCCCGCCAGCCGCCGUGCUCCAAGGCGAGGAGUCUUCAGAGAGGGAG